AUGUCGGCCAAUAACAGAGAAGCCGUCUUUCCGACGCGAAUGACCUUGGGUAUGAUGAAGGGAAAGCUCAAGGGAGCUACCCAGGGUCACAACCUGCUGAAGCGAAAGUCCGAGGCCCUGACCAAGCGGUUCAGAGACAUUACACGAAAGAUUGACGAAUCGAAGCACAAAAUGGGCAGAGUUAUGCAGACCGCAGCCUUCUCUCUCGCUGAGGUCACCUACGCUACCGGCGACAACAUCAACUACCAGGUGCAGGAGUCCGUCCGAUCCGCUCGUCUGCGUGUGCGUGCCAAGGAAGAGAACGUCUCCGGUGUCAAGUUGCCCUCCUUUUCUUCUUACUACGUCGAGGAGAACUCCGACUUCUCUCUCACCGGUCUUGGUCGAGGUGGCCAACAGGUCCAGAAGGCCAAAGCCGUGUACUCCAAGGCUGUCGAGACCCUUGUCGAGCUUGCGUCCUUACAAACUGCUUUUGUCAUUCUCGAUGAGGUGAUCAAGAUCACCAACCGACGAGUCAAUGCCAUUGAACACGUCAUUAUCCCCCGAACAGAAAACACAAUCAAGUACAUCAACUCCGAGCUCGACGAGUUGGACCGAGAGGAGUUCUACCGACUCAAGAAGGUCCAGGAUAAGAAGGCGCGAGAUACCGCGGCUCAGGACGCUGAGCAGAAGAAGCAGGCUCUGGAGGCGGCCGCUAGAGAGGAGAAGGUUGGCCAUGCCGAAGCGACCGAGUCUGCCGACCUUACCGCUGACAAGGAUGAUGAUGUCAUUUUUUAA